AAUGGCAGAAAAUAAAGACGUAGACAAUACACGACUACAGUUACAAUAUAUCCAAGAAGAACUUCCAAGACCCUCGGCCAUGUAGUAAACAAUGUGUGUGUUACUCUGUGUCUGCAUGUCGACCACUGAGGUUUGCAGUAAGCCGGAUUACUCCCCGGUUUCCUGGCGGGAGUAUUUUGACCAGAUGGAGGACGUGAGCGUCGGGGCGGCCGACAGCACGGACGUCUUCCGGAUUUAUAAAGCGGGAAACGCUGGACCGCUGCUGGUCCUGCUGCACGGAGGAGGACACUCAGCGCUGUCCUGGGCCGUCUUUACCAGAGCCAUCGCCAGCAAAGUGCACUGCAGGGUUCUUUCCAUGGAUCUCAGAGGACACGGCGACACCCUGGUUCGCCAAGCAUACGACUUCUCGACUCAGACCAUGUCCAGCGAUAUAGCCAAUGUGAUUGGUGUCUGUUACGGUGAGACCCCGCCCCCCAUCGUCCUGAUUGGCCACGGCGUUGGUGGUGCGAUCACGGUUCACACAGCGAGCAACAUGCUGCUGCCGACCAUCGUGGGUCUGGUGGCUAUCGACGUCGUGGAAGGCAGCGCUACGGAGGCUCUGCACAGCAUCCAGAACUUCCUGAAGGGAAGACCAAAGUCCUUCAAGUCCAUGGACCAAGCUAUAGAGUGGAGCGUCAAAAGCGGGCAAAUCAGGAACCUGGAAUCUGCUAAAGUGUCGAUGGUUGGUCAGAUCAAAAGAUGUGAGGUGGAGGAGGCUGAGACUCUGGAUCAAACCAGCCCGGUGUCCGACGUCGCCAUGGAGCGAAACGAGGAGUUUUACGAUCAAAGCUCCGUCAACGACAAAGAAAACGCCGCCUCCGAGGUCAGCCUCACCGAAGGCCAGGGUGUGUAUGUGUGGCGUAUUAACCUGUCCAAGUCAGAGAAGUAUUGGGACGGCUGGUUCAGAGGAACCUCCAACCUGUUCCUCGCCUGCAACCUGCCCAAGCUGCUGCUGCUAGCCGGAAUCGACCGGCUGGACAGAGAUCUGACAAUCGGACAGAUGCAAGGUAAAUUCAUGAUGCAGGUGCUUCCCCCCUGUGGACACGCAGUGCAAGAAGACAAACCAGAAAAAGUGGCAGACGCCGUGGCCUCCUUCCUGUUGAGACACAAGUUCGCUGAAGCCAGAAGAGAAACCAGGAGCGUCAACUCGUUCACACGAUGAGGUCAGCAGGUCAGACGUCAUUCAAACACCUUCACCUGCUCUGUUGUGAUUGGUCAACCUGCUUGGAGAUGUCCCGCCCCUUAGCCUAUCACGUACAGUGUGUGUGAGCGCUAGCCAAUAGGACUACCUGCUGAAAGUACUCUCUUCUCUCUCAGGUUCCUCUCAACAGACUCUGCAUUGUCCACUUCCAUCAGAAGCUGCAGAGGUUUCUGGUUUAAUCUGUAAACUGAAUAUCUGUCCUUUGAGUUCCUGCAGCUGUUGUUGUUGUUGUUGUUGUUGUUGUUGAGUUCAUGACAAAACAUGAUUAAAUAAUGAAGUUAAGUUAAGCAUCUAAAAUAAUUCAAUCUACUCACCUGUGUCGUUAGACCUCGGUUCCUCCUGUAAACUUAAAUGUUGUUAUAGACUAACACAUUAGUUUACUGGGUGUUUUUUCUACCACACUUUAAGAAAGGCUGUGUAGUUUUGCAGGAUUAUUCACAAAGUCUUUUAGAAAAUAAAGCUGUAAAAGAAUAAAGACACUAAUGGUGAAGAACACCUGUCUAGAACUGUGCAGAUCGAUGUGUUCAGUAUUAAAUUCACUGAUU